CAGGUAAGCUGGUUGGUGUUGGUGUUUGUUUGCAAUUACCUUACCUACCUAUUGGGUUCGGAAUGGUGUGUUGGGUUGCACCACCUUCAAAUUUGAUCGCCUAGCAAGUGCUGUGAGAAAGCAUCUUCAGAAGGAUUGACGCUGCAGCCGUGCCAGGAACAUCCACGAAUUCCCUAUGAUUGCUACACUGGGUCUUCACUAUGUCUAAAGAUUCAAAUCACACCUACGUACACUUCAACCGUGCUCGAGAUGCAGAUCUUUUUGAAGAUUUCUGCAAAGAUAAGUUACCGGACGACGAGAUCUAUGUGCCGCCUCACAACCAACCUAUCAACCCGGAAGACGAAGAUGAUGUGGUGCCAGACCAGCAUGCCGCCUUUGGUAUCCAGAGAGCUACGCAGAAGCCGAAGGAGACGGCUUGGAAGGAUUUAGGAUUGGCUGAGUUGAUGAAAAAGGGACCAGACAAGAAUGCUGAGACGUCGGCGUUCAAAGCAAGUUCAAGGUCUAUGCCGAGAUAGAGAGGCUAGCUGAGGUGCUUGGCUAUUAGACUACCAGUGAUAGGUCAUAUUUGGCCAACUGUGUGCUAGCUACAGAGAAAGCAUGGGCUGGGGUGCUGCCCUUCUGAAGUAAGUAUUAUGGCAAGUUAGUCUUGCAGUGGGAGGAGUUUCUGGAGGUGACGAACGAUGCCCGAUGAGAAUAGUUGGCAAAGACAAGAAUACAUCACAGUGUAAUCAAGUUCUUAAUAAUGAACCUGACAAUGAAACCGUGAGGUUG